AAACAACAUACCUAUAUAUUUCAUUGUGAUAUAUCUCUUUCCACAUUUCACUUAAUUAUAUUUUUAUAAAAUUCUUACUGCAAUAAAAUAUUCAUUGAAAUGGAAACAAAUGGCAUUGUAGAAUCGAAUGGAAAUGUCAGUGAUGAUAUAUUUCAGAGACCGACAAUUCUCAUUUGGGACAAAAAAAUUCCGGACACACAACUCGAAAAAUUUAAAAAGUAUAUUUCAGAAAAAUAUAAUCAACAUUUUGAAUCCUACUGGGAUCUACAUAAAUGGUCCGUAGAAAAUUUUAUGGACUAUUGGAAAGAAAUGUGGGAUUAUUUCGACAUCAUCGCUUCUAAGCCAUAUGACGAGGUAUUUGCGAAAACAGGUAAAAAUUUCCUUGACGUCAAAUGGUUUCCGGGAGCAAGAUUCAAUUUUGCCGAAAAUCUUCUAAGAUAUAGACAUGACGCACCGGCGCUCAUUUGCUUAGAUGAAUUGGGGAACGAAGAAAUAUUGACAUUCGCCGAGCUCUAUGAAGAAGUGAAACUGUACGCUGCAGCCUUUCGAAAACAUGGACUAAAAAUAGGGGACAGAGUUGCUUGUUUCAUGUCUAACAGGAAGGAACCUGUAAUUGUUGCAUUAGCAGUAUUUAGUAUCGGUGGAAUUUUUGGAGGACCUUCUCCUUUCUUUGGAGCCAAAGCAGCAAGCAAAGUUCUCAAUUUUAUGGAACCCAAAUUCAUCCUAACUGUCGAUCAUUUCCAAGAAGACGGGCAACCGUUUCACGUGAUCGAUGAUUUUCCAACUCUCAUUGAAAAUAUUCCUAGCAUGGAAAAGCUGAUUGUCGUUACAACUAAAAAAGAAACGGAAAAGCGUUUAAUGAAUAUGCCUAAAUGCAUUUCUUUGAACGAUUUCCUGCGGGCUGGAGUGGACAGUAAUGGCAUAGUACCGAAUUUGGUAUUUGAGCAGCUUCCGCUUGAUCAUCCCAGAGUAAUCAAUUUUACUUCGGGAACCACGGGUCUUCCAAAAGGAGUUGUGCAUGGAAUAGGGAGUUUAAUAGGUGAGUUACGUGAUUUUAUUUUUAUUCUGGAUCUGAAAAAAGGAGACAGACUUUUCAGUCACUAUCCGGUUGGUUGGAGCGUAUGGGAUUACCCAUUGCCGAGUCUUUCUUUAGGAAUUACAGUAUUCUUGUAUGCUGGUUGUCCUACAUAUACCAGACUAGGUUUCAAUUUAUGGAACAUCUUUUCCAAAUACAAAAUUACAUAUUCCUUUAUUGCAACACCAUAUAUCGACCAUUUGGAUAAGAAAAAUAUAGUACCAGAUCCUGGUAUGAAUUUUGAUCACUUCAAAGUUCUGUCAAUGGGGGCAAGUCCUGUGAAACCCAAGAACUACGAAUAUAUUUACGACAAAGUAAAGAAAGAUGUCUUUCUUGGAACUUUAUAUGGAGCAACAGAAACAUUUGGUGAUGUUACAGCUUUUGAUUACAAUUCUCCCUCCUACAUGAACGAAUGUCAAGUACCUGCUUUAGGAGUUGAUUUUCAUUGUUUUGAUAAAGUGGGCAAUUCUGUAAUCGGAAAGAGAGGAGAAAUCGUUAUUGGUAAACCGACUCCUUCUCUGCCUAUGUAUCUGUGGAAAGAUAAGAACAAUGAAAGACUAAUGGCCUCUUAUUUUAAUAAAUAUGACGGUAAAGUUUGGUGUCAGAAUGAUGAAGGAUGGAUUAACCCUAAAACAAAAGGUAUCAUCAUCAUUGGAAGAAGUGAUGAUGCAAUAAAGCAAGAAGGAGAACGUUUCAGCUCGGAUGACAUAUAUUUUGCUAUUCAUCAAAUGGAAGAAUUAGAUGACUACAUCUGCGUCGGGCAAACGAACUUGAAAGGAGAUCAGCGUGCCAUUCUCUUUGUGAAAAUGAAAAAUGGAUAUUCCUUGACCGAAGAUAUAAAGGAAAAAAUCCGUUUGACCAUUGCAAAGGAGUUAUCACAGUAUCAUACUCCUACAAUUAUUGAAGUGCCAGAUAUACCGAUUAACCUAAAUAGUAAACGGCUGGAGAGCGUUGUAAGGAAAAUUGUAGCAACUAAUGCGGUACCAGAAGUUGCGAACAUUAAAAAUCCAAAGUGCCUUCAAUAUUUCUGCAAUAUACCUGAAGUUGUAGCUUUCAUCAGAUAAUGCGAAGCUGUCAACAAAAUAACUUCUUAUGAGCUUUCCUACAAUGAAUUUCCUUCAGAAUGAAUCUCCACAAAAAAAUUGUCCUUGAAAUUACGAAAUAAAAAGAUCAAAGAAUUUGA